AUGGCAUCAAGCAACAGAGCACAUGCACUCGUUAAUAUAAUUUGCAAUCCAAUUGAACCAGAGAAUAUGGCAUCCACGUCUCAUGCACCUGUUUCUGUUUUGGUAAAGAAUGUCCUAACAGAACCACAUUCUUUUGAAAGGAUUGAAUCUCAGUUAGGGGAAAUUUUACUAACUGCAGACAAUGACCUCAUUCAAUUAGAAGAACUAGUGGCGCUUGACUCACCGUCGCUAUUAGAAACACCGUCUCCGAGGCCAAUUUCACCACCACCUGUGAGAGAUGCUUGUGAGGACUUUUCUCCUGAUGACGACAGCGAUUACGAACCACCCAAUGAUCGUGGUGCUUUAAGUUCGGAUUCGGAAAAUAUCCCUCCAAAUGAAGAGACUCUGCAAACGAACGAAGAGGUAGUUCACUUUGGAGAUAUGUUUGAAGGCCGACGUAGACAGAGACUAGCUUAA